AUGUUAAAAGAAGCUCAAUGCCAGGUCACAGGAACACCAAAUCAGAUCAUUAAACCAGCUCCCCUAAUACCAAUUCCUGUGUCUCAAGAACCAUUCCACAAGGUGAUAAUUGACACUGUGGAACCUUUACCAAAAACCAGAAGUGGAAAUCAGAACUUGUUGACCAUAAGAUGCAUCACGUCCAAGUUAAUCAUCAAAUCAUUGACUCAAUUCUUUGCUCAGUACGGGAUCCCCAGUCAAAUUCAGUCAGAUCAGGAUUCACCUUUCACUUCCAAUGUGUUUAAACAAGUGAUGGCCACUGCUUAUCAUCCAGAGUCCCAAGGAGCUUUAGAAAGGUUCCAUCAAACUUACAAAAACAUGUUAACGAAAUACUGUAAUGAAAACAGUGUUGACUGGGAUGAAGGUGUUCACUUUGUGUUAUCUGUUAUUAGGAGCAGUAAGCAAGAAUCCCUUGGGCUUUCUCCGUUUGAGUUAGUGUUCGGCCAUGAGGUUAGAGGACCUUUGAAGGUAUUGAAAGAUUCAUGGUUGGAUGAUAAACCUCAGAAAUCCCUGUUAACCUAUGUUACUCAGUUUAAAGAAAUAAUUAAGAAAGCAUUAGAAUUUGCUAGGUCUAAAUUAGAGAAAGUUCAGAGUCAUAUGAAGAACAAAUUUGACAGAAAUUUAGAGUUUAGUGAGUUCAAGCCAGAUGAAAGUUCAGUGGUCAGUGUGGUGUUGAGUUCACCUGACUACAGUGAAGAGCAUGCAGAGUUUCAAGAGAUUCAGAUCAAUAAUGAAAUGAAGUUGCAAAAUUCUGACAUACUGGCUAAUCCCUUUAAAAAAAUUCAUCAUCUAUCAUCAGAUCAAGCUGAAGAUGUGAGGUGCCUUCUCCAGGACUUCCCACAGCUAUUUGUGGACAUUCCACAGCGGUGCCGACUGGUGCAGCAUGAUGUUGAACUGGUGGAGGGCGCCAAACCAAUCAAGCAGGCACCAUAUCACAUGAAUCCAGCUAAGCGAGAACUUCUUGAGCAAGAAGUGAAGUUCCUUCUCGCUUACAACUUCGUUGAAAAGAGUAGCAGUGAGUGGGCUUCCCCUUGCCUACUUGUGCCGAAACCUAUUGGGAGUUCAAGAAUGUGCGCGGACUACCGCAGAAUGAAGAGCAUCACAAAAACAGAUUCAUACUCAAUACCAAGAAUUGACGACAUAAUAGACAAUCUGGUUAAAUGUGGUCUAGACGGAGUGCAGUCUUACCUUGAUGACCUCAAUGUAUACAGCAGCACCUGGGAGGAACACUUGUCACGACUACGCCUUCUUUUCGUCAGUCUUGCUGAAGCUUGUCUCACGAUCAACUUACUCAAGAGUAAAUUCGCCCAUGCUAAACUAGUCUACCUGGGGCACAUCGUAGGGUUUAGUGAGGUCAGUCCAGUUGCAGGGAAGGUAGAAGCCAUCAACAACCUACCGAUUCCUGAGACCCCGAAAGGAGGCCAUGAGGUUUCUGGGUACGGCUGGAUACUACAGACGGUUCUGCCAAACUUAUCUCAAGUUGUAAUUCCACUAACUGACCUUGUGAGCCCAAAGAAAAAAUUCACUUGGACACCUGCUUGUCAAGAAGCAUUCAACAAGAUGCGCAUUCUGCUCACCAAUGCACCAGUUCUCCAAGCACCAGACUUCAGCCAACCAUUCAUCCUUCAAGUAGAUGCCAGUGACUUAGAGGCUGUAGCUGUAUUACUCCAAGAGGGAGCAGACGAGAUUUUACAUCCGGUAUGUUAUGCUUCAACCAAGUUCAAGAAACAUCAGAAGAACUAUGCUACAAUAGAAAAAGAAUGUACUGCAUUGCUGUAUGGACUAGAUAAGAUAAAUGUGAACCUCAGUAGUUCAGUUGAUUCUAUUAUUGUUUAUACUGAUCAUAACCCCCUAAAGUUUAUAAAUAAAAUGCAGAAUAAGAAUCAAAGAUUAAUGAGGUGGUCUCUUGCCUCACAGCAAUAUAAGUGGGCCAUAAAACAUAUAAAGGGAAGGGAUAAUAUAAUUGCAGAUGUGUUGUCAAAACAGUCUAGUUCUCAACUACGCACAGUUGAAGAUUACCCAGACUGGAGUCGACUCCUGCCGAGCCUACCCGAAUGUGGACUGAGAUCAGUACCAGCUAACACUACAUCACGGGAUUUAAGGAAGGUUGUCAAAGUGGUUCAAGACAGCCCCAGGUCAGCCCCCAGGCUGACCGCCCCAAGAAGAUUGGUUGACAAUGACAACGUGUCUAUAAACAAUUUAUAUAGGAUUAUUGGGUUCCUUCAGUUUGUCUUGUCACCAAAUGAACCCUUACUCAAGAAAGCCCAAAAGAAAGAAUUUAAAGUUGGGAUUAUGCUUGUAGACUACUUGGAGGAAAUUGCUGAACCGGCGGAACAUACUCCUAGGGCUCUGUCAGUGGCACCAGUCACCAGCUCUAAGGAAAAACCACAAGCCAUCACCGGAACCAAACCCAAAAUGAUUCGUUUUUGCAAAGUCUGCAAACGUAAGGGGCAUACCAUAGAAAAAUGUUGGUUUGCAAGACAAGCAGAUAAGUACCCAGCCAUCCAGUGGCAAGAUCGAGAAAAAGGAUCCUCGCAGGACUUUACAAAUUCAGAUAGUCAUGCUAAACCAAAAAUUCCAAGGGGACAUUACACAGGAAAUAAAAUGUCUCAAAACACGAAAGGCACUCCGAAUAAAUGGUGUGUAAUACAGCAGUCUCCAUACCACAACACGGAAGAUUGCAGAAAAAUACAGCGUAUGACGCAAAAAAUUGAAAAUCGACGGGAGACAAGUACACUGCCUUCGGGGGAAGAGGCGCGCGUCCAGCAACACGCUCUUGGAUAG